GCCAAUGGAUCAUGAAUUUAGGAGUAUGAAAAAUGCAUUUAGGAAGAACAAAAUUGAACGAAGCUAUCCACCUCCAAGACUUUCGGGAGUGGAAAUAUGGGAGAGGGUUGAGAACUUUCCAAAAGUUACUGAAGAACCACCGUACAAGUUCGAUGGGUAUGGGCUUGCACAUAACUGGACCAAACAGAGCAUAUUUUGGGAGUUACCAUAUUGGAAGGAUAAUCUUCUCCGGCAUAAUCUUGAUGUUAUGCACAUUGAAAAAAAUUACUUUGAUAAUUUAUUCAAUACAGUAAUGGAUGUCAAGGGCAAGACAAAAGAUAAUCCAAAGGCAAGAUUGGACUUACAGGAAUAUUGUAUGCGUAAAGAGUUAUGGUUGCAGGACAAAGGGAACGGGGUCUUCAAGCCUAAGGCUAGUUAUUCAUUCACAAUGGAUCAUAAGCGAAAGAUUUGUGAAUGGGUUAAGAACUUGAAGAUGCCUGAUGGGUAUGCAUCAAAUUUGGAAAAACGUGUUGAUAUGGCGGAAGGAAAGUUACAUGGGAUGAAAAGCCAUGAUUGUCAUGUUUUCAUGGAAGCUUUACUCCCCAUUGCAUUUAGUAGCUUGCCUGCCCGAAUCUGGAAGCCUAUGACAGAAAUUAGUUUGUUCUUCAAAGACUUGUGUUCCAGUACGUUGAGGGUAGACAACUUGGAUCGGAUGCAUCAGAAUAUUCCUGUAAUAACAAGUAAGUUAGAGAAAAUUCUUCCACCGGGGUUCUUCGAUGUGAUGGAACAUCUUCCAAUUCACCUUGCGGAGGAAGCUUGACUCGGAGGCCCAGUUCAUUGUCGUUGGAUGUAUCCCUUCGAGAGAACUAUUGGCAAGUCUAAACGGGGUAUCAAGCAGAAACAUAGAGUUGAAGGAUCAAUUUGCGAAGCCUACCUUGCUAAGGAAACAACUCAUUUCUGUUCUUACUACUUUGGGAAUGAUGUGCCAUGCUUGCGAAACAGACCCAAUCGGCAUUAUGAAGGAGGUGAUAAUGAUGCUUUAGCAAAGCCAAUAUCAAUCUUCAAUCAACCGGGUUCAGGUUCAAAAAAACGUACAAGACAAUUUAAUGAUAUGGAGUCUAAAUCUGCAUCGAUACAUGUCUUGCUAAAUUGCCCGGAAGUUCAAC